AUGCCUGAAGGGUUGGCCAAUUUGAAUCCCUCGAUUAUGGCAGAACUCCGGCGCAACGCCCUCAAGUUCAGCUCGGUAAUGCUGCCCCUCAUCGGCAUAGCAGCGGGAGCUAUGCGGCUGAACGGCGCCACAGUAUUCACACUCAACAUCUUGGCUCUGAUCCCACUGGGACCAUGGAUCAGCCGAUCUGUCGAUGCGCUAUCCGUGGGUGGGCUACGGGCCGUGAACGAGCUACUCAAAUCAACACUCGGCAACUCGGUCGAAUUAAUGAUCGGAAUCAAUGCAAUUGCACAGAAACGCCCACAUAUCUCCCAGUCCGUCAUCCUCGGCAGUGUUCUCAGCAAUCUACUACUGGUCCUGGGCAGCACACUCUUCAUAUCAGGCUACGACAAAAAGCGCCUCCGCUUCGACCGAACCUUAACAACAGUCCUCUCCUCCCUAAUGACAGUCGUCUUUAUCCUCCUGGCCAUCCCAACAAUAAUGGACGUCUUCCCUUCCGCAAAGAACACACCAACCAGCCAGAUCCUCUUCACGCAACGCAUAACAGCAGUCAUAUUAAUCGCCCUGCUCAUGACAUUCCUCCUUUUCCGACUGGGAACACACGCGGCAAUGUUCGCCAGCACGCCUUUCUCCCAAAAUGAUGCAAAUACAAGACAGAGCAGACACCAACACCGACAAAGCCAAAUCAUCGAAGCACAACUCCCCCGUCCAUAUCUCGGAAAGAACGUCGCCGGUUUGGUCCUCGCUGCUGCGUCGGGGUGUACAUUCGGAUGUACAUAUUACAUUGUGAACAGUCUGGCCGAAGUAGCCGGGAUGACUGGAUCAAACGAGUCGUUCCUGGCUGUGACAAUUGUCCCGAUUUUAGGGAAUUUUGUUAAGUAUCACUCCAUCGUGACGGGGUCUAGGUCUUACAGCCAGAUUGAGCUGGGAAUCCGGGCGAUUAUCAAUUCUGUUUUGAGGGUUACGAUGCUUAUUGUGCCGCUUUUGGUUCUUGUUGGGUAUGCUAUUAUUGCGUUUUCGUUUUAUGUGAGACCAGGGGUACCGGCGAAUGUUAUCUUCUUGAGUUCUUAA